CGUCCUUCCUCCGGCAUGCUCAAGAACCUUCCAUUUUCUGUGGAGAAUAAAUGGCGAUUACUCGUCUUAAUGUGUGGAUUCUUUGGAAGUGGAUUUGCGGCCCCUUUCUUUAUAGUCAGACACCAGCUUCUUAAGAAAUGAAGAGAGACUGCAAUUGCUCUAACUGGAAUUGAAGGCGGCUGCACGGCAUCUUCCAGUGGAAAAAUGAUAGCUGCAACUGUGUGCCAUGCUGGAUGCAUCUAAAUAAAAUCUUAAGUCUGAA